AUGCUUCCACCAAAUCAAGCCAAUUCAGGGCCAAGCCCAGACUCAUCGGGACCUGAGCCAAGCCGCUCAGGCUCGGUCAAAAGAGCACGUCAGUUGCUGGAAGCCGGAGUACGACCAACACGAACAACACCCCCGGCCCCAGCACAACUGCCUCCUCCUCCACCAGUUAGACAGGCCGCUCACCAGACGCAAUGGCCGCUACCGGCAUCCGGCCUGCAGCCUCGGCCUCUUGCUCCCCAUCAACCACGUUUUAUGGCGCCUCGAGGUCCCCCGCCACUUCGGCCCCCACGCCCUAGUGAUGUGCCCACACAGGUCCCUUCGCCGUCGAUUUACUCUGUACGAAGUGGCGAGAGCCCUGCGCCCAGUGUGAACCUCCACCCAAAUCCGUAUCCUUACCCAACACGGCAGGCAAGGUCAUUUUCGCAUCCAAACCCGCAUCAUCAGCCGCAGCAGCCUCGCCCGUUGACCAGCGAUGGCUCCACCAGCCCGACAAGCACGGUGGACUUGACUCCUCGUAUUUCGAUUACAACUGAUGAUCUUUUCAGGCACUCAACCUACUCUGCUGCUUCGUCCACUCCUGGUAUGGCUCCGAUCCCGUCUCGAGAGCCACCUUUGCCACUAGCUCAACCGCGACGCCCGCCUGCCGGAUUAAAUGUCCCCCCAGGUACGCGACGCAGCCAGGCUCGUAGAUCUUCUGUUUCGCCGAUACCAGAGGAGAUUCCAGAUCCCCGUCACACACUGGGAUCCUUCGCCUCUAGUCGCGCGAUCCCGUACAGCUGGGGAUCCGGGCCUCCUGAAUCAGACAUUCUGGAAGCAUACUUGGACGACGAGUCAAGCGAUGAGGAGGAGGAGGAGACUCAUACCAACAGCCUUGAAGAGGCAACCCCUGUGCGAAGUGUCAGCGUUGGCAAGAGGCAGAGACCAACAAUGCGCACAAUCAUGAAGUCGAACCCGGCCUCCGAAGUAUCGAUCCCUGAUAUGCCCGGUCUCACACCCACUGGCACCAAGGAAGGGUUCAGCAAGAAUGUCGUAGGAACACCAAUCGCGCCAGGCACGCUUCGAGUGGUGAAUGCUACCCGGACGGAAAUCCGCACCCCCAGCCCCGUGCGCCGAGGAUCGAUCUCUUCGCUGUCUGGAGAGUCUUACGUGGACCCGGAGAAGCCGCGCUUUGCCAAAAAUGACGAUAAUACGUACCGUGGUGCCUUGGAAAAGGAGCUCGAAGGCCUGCCUCUGGCUGCGCCGACGAUGAGUGACAAGAGACCGAAUGGACGCAAACCUCCACGCCUGGAUAUGAAUGCUUUGCGGGAUGCGGAGGCCCGUGGAAGUCUCUCGAGCUUGUCGGAUCUGAUUCGAAGGGCUACUCGACUGGCCUCGAACCUGGACCGCGGAAAGACUGCCAGCCGGGCUGACCUCGCGGCUGCAGGUGCGGACUUUAGAGAACUAGAACAUCGGGGUCGCAACUCCGGAUCGUUGUCUGAUAUCUUGGCGUCAUUCCCUAACCCGACCCCCGACGGACACAGCUCCUGGCCUGUAUUCUUCGGCCGUUCUAAUCUACGUAAUGUCGAGCCUCUCGCCUCUCACGACGAUGCCCCCGAAGGUCCGAAGCCCAAGCGUCGAUGCUGCGGAAUGCCUCGAAAGUGGUUCAUCAUCCUCUGCAUCGUCAUCUUCAUCAUCGUCGUUCUUGCCGUCCUGCUCCCAGUCUUCCUGGUCGCUGUGCCCAAGGAGGACACAGCCAACAAAUCCUGUGCACGCACGACGCCGUGCCACAACGGCGGCGUCAGUGUAUCGAGCGGUUCCGAGUGUUCCUGCGUGUGUGUGGAUGGAUAUAUGGGUACCCAGUGCAGCAUCGCCGGCGAUAGCACCUGUGUGACGGCGGAAGUGGACAAUGGUAGCGUCAACAAGGAAGCGACGAUGGGCAGCUCCAUCCCCACUUUACUGGAUCAAUCGGACUCUAAAUACGGCAUCGAACUCGACGCCGUGACCAUCAUGGCUCUCUUUAGCAUUAACAAUGUUACCUGCCGGACCGAGAACGAGCUUGUGGCCUUUAGCAAGGUGGAGCGCAGCAACAGCAGCAGCAGCAGCGAUAAUGCCCGUCGCGCGGUUACACUUCCACUAGGAACCGAAAACCUCGACUCUGAAGAGAAGAAGUACAAAACCCCUUCAAAGUUGGCUGGAUUAACUGGUGUUUCCCACGUGGUGCAUGCGCGCGCCAUGGCCACUUCCAACGGUAUUCUUUAUGACAGUGGAACCUCUUCCACCAAUACUAAGUCAUCCACUGAGGAAGACUCCACCGCGACCAGCACCAGUUCGCCCACGGCAACCACCACCGGAACUGGAGCCACAUCUACGGCAUCUGCCACGGCCACCAGCGUUCCCUCAGGGGUCGUGGAGUUCUCGCAGGUGGCGGUGCUCUACAUCCUGGAAAAGACUGGGUCGUUUGACUUGGCACAACAAUCCGAAUCGGAGAUCCAGACGUACUUGGUGGAUGAGUACAAUUCAGCCGCAAACCCAUCUGUGGAGGUAUUAGGAUGGUAUGGGUUAGACUUCGCCAAUAAGACAAUCAGUACAGGGUGA